UUAGCCAUUUAUACUAAUUUUCACAAAUUGACAACAUUUCUAUUAGAAUAAUAAAAAAAAAUUGAAAACACAAUACAAUUAACAAUUUGGAACAAAAAAAAAACUGUUUCUAUCCCAUUUAUAAAGCCAUGCUGAAUGACUAGCGCCAUCUAUCGGAACACGAAGGCAACUGUAAUGCUUUCCAUCAUUCCAAGUGGAAGCCGCAUCUGUCAUCUGUCAAGAUGUUUACGAUGAGAAAUCACUCGCACUUAUUUACAUAAACUGUGAUUUCUCUCAUUCUCUCGGCCGUAGAUCCAGUCCAAUUGCAAUUGUUAAUGGACAAACUCGGUAGUUGUGAUGUCGAGUCAACGAGUUUCGCUAUCAUUUUUGGCCUCAUACGAAAAAAAUGGUGGUGCUAUCAGUCAAUUGUGUCGUACGUGUUUGUGCAGAACUGAUGAUGAGUACAUAUCUAUUGGAUCAACGAUGCCAUGGAGUCGAAGAGAAAGCUGCACGGCCCAAAAAAUGAUUGAGCAAAUUUUGAACAAAGAGUUGAGUAAAGUGCAGCCGCAACCACAACGAAUCUGUUCGAUUUGUAUAAAGAAAAUUCAAGCAAUCUCUUUGUUUCGGCAUCAAUGCAUCGAAUCAGACAAUAUUUUAACCGAAUUCCAGAAGCAUUUGCAGAAUCAGCCACCAGAUAGUGAAUCGAAGAAAUUUCAAAAUGAUUAUCUCUUUGAUAUGGACGAAAUAGUUUUUCCGGAGCAAAUCGAUGAUAAAUUUAUGCCGGUAUUUGAUACGGAAAUUCUCAAACUCGAAUCGAAUGUAUUGGAUGAGAUUAAGCGAGAUUUAAAUCCAGAACCUGAAGAAGCAAUACUACAACCACCAUCGCCACCACCUCAACCACCUCAACCACCUCAACAACCUCAACCACCGAAAAGAGUAGUGAAUACAAUAAAAAUUCCUGAUAAAGUUAAGACGAACGUGGAGAAAGUCAGCAAAGCAAAGGCACCGGUUACAAGGAAGAGAACGAGAAAAGUUAAUAAUUCGAAAGACGUCGAUAAGUACGUGGAUCGACUUUUGCGCGAAGAUAUCAAAGCCAGCUUGAAAAGCCUGGUAAAGAAGUACAAAAGGGAAAAGCCGGAAGAUGAUUUUCCGGGACUGUGCGAACAAUGCGGAGCGACAUUUUCUAGUUCGAAUGAGUACAAAAAACAUGUACAAAAAUUUCAUGAGGACAAAGCCAAGCAAACGUUCAAGUUCCACUGCAAAUUUUGCUCAAAAGGCUUCAAUCAUCGGCAAACAUACAAUAUUCACGUGAACUCACACACACGCGAACAAGUUUUUAUUUGCGACAUGUGUGGCAAGGAACUAGCGACCAAAAACAGUUUGCGCAUCCAUUUUAGGUAUCACCUGGGAAUCAAGAAUCACGUUUGCCCAAAAUGUGGCCAUCGUUUUGUAACGCCACGCGAAUUACGGGACCAUGUUGAAAAGAAGCACGCCACAGUGCGAGCGAUCGCAUGCACCUACUCAGACUGCUCAGAGACAUUCGAUUCGGACUAUCGGCUCAAUUUACAUAUACGAGUUCAUGAAACCAAUUACGCUUUUACAUGUGAAGUAUGCGGUGUGGCGUGUGUAAGCAAAUUCCGACUCGGAAUACACAAGAAAAUUCACACCGGUGAAAUGAUUCGAUAUUGUCCGAUUUGCCAAAAGAAGCUUGCACACGACAAUGCACUCCGUAGACAUAUCAAAAAUGUGCAUAACGAUAAGAACAAAGCACGAACUGGAACUGUGGCAAAGACACAACGUACAAUCACUUUGGAUGGAAUCAUUCUCACUACAAGCCCAUGAGCCAAAUUAUCAUCCAAUUCAAUUGGACUACUAUACAAGCAACGACAGCAUUAAUCGUAUCAUAUUUAAUAUCAUUUAGAUUUAGGGCACUUUUUGCCACGUAUUCAAAGCAGUAUUUUCUAACAUGUGAUUCUUUUAAUCUCAAUCACCAUAUCCAUUGAUCAUCCAAUUUCAUUCCCCUAGUAGUGAGUAGUGUAGUAGUAGAUCCCCUUUUUUUGUCUACAAUUUAUUUAUUUUGGAGAUUUUUUUCUCAUCAUAUCAUUUUUUGUGUGUUGAUAUUCUCGGAACUUUUGAACCAAAAAAAAAAAACUAAUUAGAUUAGACGCGCUUUUUUGUGGAACGAAAUUUAGUCAAAAUUUUAGUCAAGUCAUUUUAAGAAUAAGCACAAUUCUUUGAAUUUUAUUUAACGUGUAAUUUAAAUAAAUGAACGAAAUCAAUAAAAUGCUUUAUAGGAAACAAAAA